CCCAUCAUCAUCAUCAAGAACAUUUUUCUAAAUCUCGCCACUUCAUUUCAGGAGCAUCUGUGGCGGUUGAAUGCGGAGCGCGGGCGAAGGGGCGGCGGCCAAGUUUUCGCCGGGAGCGGCGAAUCCAGCUGCGCCGCCUCUGCCGCCGCCGCCACGUCUUCUUCUAUUCACCUCACUAAGGAAACGAAAGAGGGUGAAGGAAGCCGCCGCGUGGUUUUCUCGGCCGGCGCUUUCACUUUCCGGCCUCUAUCGCCGCCGGAAAUUUGCAGGUCAAAGGAAGAAGUAGAACAAAUUGGCAUCUUCCCGCCGUUUUUGCCGCCCAACCCAUUACUCCCGCCGCCGACCCUGCUCCCGCCCAACCCUUUCGUGCCGCCGCCGUCCUUAAUUCCUCCGAUCAUCCCCUCUCCGCCGCCUUCCAUCUUCCCUCCCCUCGUUCCGUCCACGCCGCCUUCAAUAUUCCCGCCGCUUUUCCCCCAGCCUCCUUCGCAGCCGCCUUCCAUAUUCCCACCGCUAUUCCCGCCGCCUCCUUCGCCUCCGCCCGCUUCAAUAUUCCCUC